AUGGACAGCGUAUUCGAGUCAAUGGCGGCAGCAAUGGAGCCUAAGCGUCCAGGAAGGCGCAAAUUCAGCAAGCCGCCAGUCAAGGGAUAUUUCUGGCUAAACGGCGAUUUGCUGCACCGCUGCAGUCGCUCACUGCGAAUCCGUUGUGAUGGACAGCCUCAGUGUUCGAACUGCAUCACCAAAGGAGUGGCCUGCACCUAUCUUCCGAGUAAACGAGGCGGACCACGGAAUUGUCAAAACCGCAAACGCAGGAAAGAACUGCCCACGACAUCGGACAGCACAGAUACCGAAUUUCAAAGCCAGGAAUCUGUCGACUCUGGCACGUUAGUUACAGAUGUCACUUCUGAUGAAAAUGAAUGGUUCAACCAACUGGUCAACUUGAGUGGCCCCGGGGCAGGGCUGCGUAAUGUCGAAACGCCCAUUGCAGAGAUAGAAUCUAUAUUUGAUUCUAUAUUUGCCUCGGAUCCGGGUGCUCCUGUCGAUACCAAUCCUUCGGUAUCUGAUUUGGUUCAGAUUUAUGGGAGCAACGAGGACAUACUGGAUGCUUACUAUGUAUUCAUCCACCCUUAUUACCCAAUUCUGCCCCCUCCCGAAAGGCUCCCGGUGUAUAAUCGACCACUCUCGUCCAAAUCGACAUUUCAGGCCUCCAGCCCUCUCAGUCUCGCCAUUUCCGCAAUUCUGGUUCUUAUCCCUUAUCCAGAAGAAAGAGAACCCUCUAGAGCGGAAUAUGUGAAACUUCGUCGAGACUUUGCACAUUCCUUCGCAGUGUCAGCUCUCGAAGCCGUCGAAGUGGACUCGGAGCUGCUCGACUCUACCGAUGAUCCUGCAAACGCUUUAUCAGAUGGAACACAGAGGUUCGAUCGCGAGCAGUUCCAUCCAAAGGUUCCUGUGGCUGUGGAGAGUGUCCUAGCACUGGUUCUCUUGAGUGUGUACGAGUAUUCCCAGCGAGGAAACAUGAACAAAAUGCGCAAUCGUGCGGGCCAAGCGUUGACAACGGCGAUUGGCAUGUCCUUACAAGAGAUGGUAGAGGAGGACGAAUUUGCAGAAGCUAGAAAAAGGGCGUGGUGGAUGACGUACAUGACUGUGUGUCAAGGGUCGAUUGUCAGCAACACACCUCCUGUAUUCGAUGUGUACGACCCUCGAUUUGUGACUCCGUAUCCUGAAGGGUGGAAGAUUCUGAUCGAGGCACAACAAAUCAUCCUCGAAGCGACGACUUUCGUGCAUGACCUUAACCAGGCCCAUAACAGCAACUCCUGCUGCGAGUGGGUUCCCCGACGCAUGAUGGAGCUUGAGAGCCAAAUCACAUCUGCCUUACUCGCCUGUCGAGAUUCAGCAUCUGUGACACAAACGGCGCCCGUUGCUCUGGUUGACGCACCAGAGGUCGUUGUCUCCAAGUCCAUCAAAAUAAUUGCUGAGAUCAAACUGCACAGUGCCAAAAUCAAAACGCAUCGAUUCUGUGCCUUCCAAGAUAUUCCGAUUUUCUUCAAACGACACUGCGACUUGGAGUCAACGAGCAACUGCUGUGCGAUGGACUUGCCGAAAUCUGUCGGAAUCCCCACUCCUGACCACUCUUCGCCUUCUUCUACAACCUCCAGUGUUCAGUUCCCUUUCUCAUCCCACAUCUCCUCCAAGACCUGUCUUCAUGCUGCCCUCAGCAUCGUUACUCUCCUGGACAAUCUGCCAUAUCCAAAUCCCUCAAACGAGAUUCCCUGGACCGCACCACCAUACCUAUCGGCAGCAUCCCGAAUCGAGAUUCCACGGACAAUGCCAACAUUUGCAUGCUGUGCGGUACAAUCGAGCUAUGCGAUGUUGAUGCUGUGCUUCAAGGCACGAUCCUUGAACCGGGGUAGUAAUGAUGAAUUACAGUCGCCAGAGUCAUCUACACUUACUGGAUUCUUGAAUGAAUUGCAACAGAAUUUAAGAUUGGUGGUGAAAUGCUUGACAAAUUAUUCGAUUGCCUUUGAGGCAUUACAGGGAAUGCGAGAUGAAAUACACCAGGCCAUGGAACGAAUCUUUUAG